CGCUGCGGCAGCUAUAAAGCCAUCGCCGCCCAGGCAACGGCCACGAGUUCUUGCCACGACGCCUCCGAACAUCGCACAAAAUGAAGCUGCAAGUGACUGCCAUUUUCCUCGCCCUGGCUGCGGUGGCCGUACAGUCGCUGCCACAGGGCGCCCCCCAGCAGGCGCGUCCUCAGGCCGCUGCACCCAACGCCCAGGGAGGCCAGAAGAAGAUCCCCCUUCAUCUCGACCCUAACCUGACCCUCAGGAAGAUCUCGCAGAAGGAUUUGAAUGAUUUCCUGGGCAGCAAGGAAGCCGUCAACGAGCUCGUCAACUGCUUCGAGAGCCUGCGCAAGUGCAAGGCUCGAGCCGGAGUCUCCCUCGUCCGUGACGUGAGGAGCUUGGGCAAAGGAGGCACCUGCAGGAACUGCUCCGACGCUGAGAGGAAACACACAAGGAAACUCGUCGGUGACGCCAUUGCCGGACUGCAGCAAUACCAUCCGCAGGAGUGGAAGCGACUCCUUCCCGAAAUCGGCUUCCUUUUGUAAAAGACAAACGGCCAAGGUUUCCGGGGUAAAAGUUGUUAUGUUGAUGUUUCAUGAACUCAAUGACUAACUAUCAAUUCGAGGUGAUGGCAUCUAGGCCGUCUAUCGAAUGUUUCUUCAUAUGUUCAAAAACUUAUUCCGCCUCGAAAAAUAAUUUUGAAAAAUUGUUAAACAAAUAUUAAACACGAUUGGAAUCAGUACAUAUAUUUGACAGCUGUAGCUAUGCCUGAGAUGGCGAUCUAUGACUACUCACAGCGGUAGUAAGUUCCAAGCUGGCUUAUAUAAAACUUUAAAGAUGCAUUACGUUAUUUUGGCCAAAUUUUGUUAAAUUAAUGCAAAGAAAAUGUGAUGGUCGCUAUUUAUUACCCCUUUCGAUAUGUGAUACUUGUGGAUUUUUAUUAAUAAAAGAUGUUAUGAAUGUU